CACUGGUGAAAAAUCUUGCUGGAGUGGUGCUCAGGGCCGCACUGAGGGGGCGUUGUGUGGGCAGAUGGCAAGCACUGACCCAGGAUAACUCGCAGGUGAUCCAUUUUCCCACUCUGUGCAGGGCCAGUGCUCCUGGGAAAAUCCACAUCCACGGGGACCAGUCAGCAAGGAUCAGGGAUGGCAGAGCUGGGAGCACGGCAGGUUGAGGCUUCCCACCUGGUGGCAAUCAGGAAGUUGGGUGGAGAAGGGAGGGAGGUCUCUGAGCAGGUUCAGCUAUUAAAGGCAGAGGGCAAACUCAAAAUCAGCAGCAGAGGCUGGUGCCGUAACGUCAGGCCUAGGUGAGAUGUUCCCACUGGUGUGCCGUGGAUUAGGAGGAGAUGAAGCUUCACCUAGUGGAGAAUUAGAAAAGAGGGAAAAAGGCAAAAAAACAAAAUCACCACCCAUUGCUUACACACAUGCAGAUCAGAAGAGUUUUCCGGUGUUCCUGUUCCCAGGACAAAGUCACUCAGCGGGUGCUGUGUCCCAUGCAAAAGCUUUGCCCUCGGCAUUGCCAAAGUGCCCAACCUGAGCAGUGUCUUUGCUUUUGUUUCUUGCCAUCCUCGGCCCUGCUCUUAUCCCUGGUUCCUGCUGCUGUGGCAGCUCGGCUGUGGUGGCUCUCGGGGGGAUGUUCAGAGCAGCACUGACCUGAUGGUUGGUAGAAAAUGGUCCUCUCUCCCAGCUACGUUGGGACACCCUGGAAGAAGCAAGGCAGCAAACCUGACCUAGGAAACUGGGUGACUUGGAAAGUUGCACUAAGUCGUCCUGAUGCUGGAGCUGCUGCUUGGAAGCAGCUUUCCCUCUGGCAGUAUGGAGACGGUGGGCUACAGGCAGGAAGCAAAUCUGCACAAAACUGCCCUUUUUCCAAGCGAAGUGGGGAUGGCUGAAGAGGAAAGCGACCUCCCUGGGUCACUGCCGUGUGUGCCAACUGUCCUGCAGGAACCUGCAAAACACCCUUCAGACUGAACAGAGUGGAAAACAUCAGAUCAUGCAGAGGUGGAGGAGAGGCGCUGCAGGAACAAGCGGUGAUGUUACGGAGGGAGCGUUUGGACAGGAGCAGGGUGCAGGUGAAGACCACCUCCAUGCACUCAGACCAAGUUUCACCUGCUGGAGGUGCUGGCCACGGAGGGGUGACACCGAGCCUCUCCCCCAGCUGCUCCCACAGAUGUCGUCCCCAGGCUGGGCUGGGCCCCCCCAGCCCCGCUCCUCCAGCCCCACUGCUGCUGCCUGGGCGCAGGCUGCUGUGUCCUGCGUGGUUUUUCCCUAUCCUCUCUGCUGGGUGUUCAGCUACAGCCCGGCACUGGCAAUGAAUUUUUGCUAAAAUCAGAGCAUUGGAAAGCUUGCCACCAACAGAUGUGGUGUAAAUGAUUAUUAUUUUCUUCAUUAUCACAUAACCUCCUUAUUAAACCCAACAAGCCACGCAAGGCAAAGACCUUCCCUGUGUGAAGACGGGACCAAACUUCUGCAGCAGCUCCGUGGCUGAACGUGAGGACUUGUACACCCAGACAACACCCCAGGUGUAUCAGAAACUGGGUCCUGAAUUCCUCAGUAUUUGGUAACCAGGUUUAAUGACAGCUGCUAACGGCCUUUCAGAUGGUCAUCCGAGGUGUGGAUAUUGCAGCCCUUCUCUUUCUUUAUGGGAUGUUUCGGAACUCAGAGGCUUUGUGGCAAAGCUGGGACAGGCAGGUCUCUGCAGCCAGCACACACACAGCCUGCGCAUCGCACCACUGCCUGCAGCCUUCCUCACUCAGAGGUGAAAAUGGUGCUUGGGGGAUUCCUUGCUUUGUCUCACUUAUCGUAUGGAAAAUAUCCACAGGAGCCGUGCAGCCGUGGGCGCUGCGGAGGAGAGCUGCGUGUCGGGGAGCUCCCGCAGCUGCCUGUGCAGGUACCGGGAUCGCCUCUCCCAGCACAGGCACGGGGGAGGCAGAAGAUUUGCUCCUGAUGCUAUUUUUUCCUCCCAGCGCUGCUUAAUUUAGCUCAGGCUGUCACACACUGCCAUUAAGGGGAGAAAAAGGAAACGGGGGUGCUGGCCCCGCUCCGCUCAGCAGCGGCUGGAACCUGGGCUCGUACCUGGGGCUUGUCCUCAGAUGUCCUGCAGCAGUAAAAGCUCGCAGCCCAGGGAAGCUUCCUGCAGUCGUGUUCAUAACUCAUGGUGCCUGCAGGGUAGAGGGAAAACCUUACACUGGUACGUGCUCUCUGUCCAUACCCACCUCAGUUUAAAACAUGUAUAUCUUACAGAAAAGGUGCCCAAGAUCUUUAGCUGCGUGACCUGCCUUGCUGCUGGAAGGACACAGAGACACUGAAAAGCUGUCAUAUGCAAGGAAGAGAUUUCUUCUCUUUUUAAUACACAAGACUGUUGCAGGAUUUCAUACCAUCCUAAAUGACAAGUGGAAGUGCACACAAACCAACUGUUAGAGAUCCAGUAUUUCACCCCGGUCCCGCGGUGAGCUGGAUGCCCAUGGCUGAGCCAGCUGCUCUGCCCCAGCGGCUGUGUAUGCAGGAGAUCACGUUGCCAUCAUUUAUCUGUGCUGCUGCCUUUCCUCAGGCUCCAUCCGUGCCAGCCAAGGGUCGGAGCUGCAAGACCUGCCUGCCAUCUGCCUGUCCCCGUGUCCCAGCCUUGUGCCACCCUCAUGUGAGUAAGUUCGGGGCAGAGAGCCUCUCCCGUGGCCCCAGACCUUCACCAAAGCCUCACUGUGUCCAGCUGCUCCCGAGCACCGUGCAGCCAAAGCACUGGCUGGGGCCCCCUCCUCGCUGCGAGCUCCCCUCCUGCUCUGCCAGCACCUGAGCUCAGAAGCAAACAUCGCUGAUUUUCCCCUUGUGACAACAUUGCUUCGGCUGGUAUUAAAAGAGCUCCACCUACGUCAAAGGCAGAGGGCAAAGCUUUGGACACUUCUGUUCUCCCACGGAAUCGGCGGACGCCAGUGACCCCAGCCCCUCUCCCCGCGGCGUUGCCCCCUCCAUGCUUUUGGGGAUGAGUGCAUGCGGCAGGAAGGCUCUGACCCUGCUCAGCAGCGUGUUCGCCGUCUGCGGCCUCGGCCUCCUGGGCAUCUCCGUCAGCACCGACUACUGGCUCUACCUGGAGGAGGGCAUCGUCCAGCCCCAGAACCAGACGGCCGAAAUCAAGCUGUCGCUGCAUGCAGGGCUCUGGAGGGUCUGCUUCCUGGCAGGUGAGGAGCGUGGCCGGUGCUUCACUAUAGAAUACGUCAUGCCCAUGAACAUCCAGCUGACAUCCGAAUCCACAGUCAAUGUCCUGAAGAUGAUCCGCUCUGCCACCCCCUUCCCUCUGGUCAGCCUCUUCUUCAUGUUCAUCGGCUUCAUCCUGAGCAACAUCGGCCACGUCCGCCCACACCGGACCAUCCUCGCCUUCGUGUCGGGGAUAUUCUUCAUCCUGUCGGGUCUGUCCCUGGUGGUGGGACUGGUCCUCUACAUAUCCAGCAUUAAUGACGAGAUGCUCAACAGGACCAAGGACUCAGAAACAUUCUUCAAUUACAAAUAUGGCUGGUCGUUUGCAUUCUCUGCCAUCUCCUUCCUUCUCACAGAGAGCGCCGGGGUGAUGUCCGUGUACCUGUUCAUGAAGCGAUACACCGCCGAGGACAUUUACCGGCCUCACCCUGGCUUCUACCGGCCCCGCCUGAGCAACUGCUCCGACUACUCGGGGCAGUUCUUGCACCCGGAUGCAUGGGCACGGGGUCGCAGCCCAUCGGACAUCUCCAGCGAGGCGUCUCUGCAGAUGAACAGCAGCUACCCAGCUCUGCUCAAGUGCCCUGACUACGACCAGAUGUCCUCGUCCCCGUGCUGAGCAUCGCCUCCCCUGUGCCUCCCCGGGCCCACCAGCCAAUGGUCACUGUCCUGACUCCACUCAUCAUUUUUAGGCCUCUCUUUCAGGGCAAUUCUCUAUUUAUAGGAGUGUAAAUAUAACCAUAGAGAUUGGUUAUAUAACCAACGAUGUAACCUAGGGAAUUGGGAUAUUUUCUUUUCUUUGUUGGUCUCUUUUUUUUUUUUAUUAUUUAUUCUUCCCUACAUAACUGAAAUGUCUCCAAAGCCCUCUUCUUCCAGCACUUCCCACUGAGCAAACAGCAGUUCUGCCUGAGGGACAAAUCCAGGGCUGGACUCCAGAGCAGAAAAAAAUAAGAAUAUAAAGUAGAACUAGGAAAAAAACAAGUGUAUUUUUUUGGUUUAGGUAGGCUGCAAAAGUUUGUGCAUUUGGCUUUCAUUUAAUUGUAGAUUCACUGGCCUCAGCACCAGCAGGCCUAUAAGAUCUGUGUAAAUUUCCAAGACAUAGUCAUCACUAGAAAAAUAAGAAUUUUGUCUUGAUUCGAUGUUUACUGGUCAAUACCUCUCGUUGCUGGAUAUCACUUUUAACCAGGCUGCAAUGGGAAAUAGCCAUCUUUCUCGACUAUACCUCAGCAGGCUCAGAUCCAAGCAGGUUGGGUUUUCUCAGUGGCCAUUUGCAAAGUGUCACUUCCCCAUCCCACUGCAGCCAGGGGUGCCCGUGCUGCUGGGGUGGCUCAGGCACCCACAUCUCCUCCACCAUCCCAUUGAUGAGGUCUGAAGAGUGACUGGGAGGAUUUCAGUGCAGGGUUGAGUGGAAAACUACCUAAAACCUUCCCAUAGGACACGUUAGGCACAGGAAUUUAGGAAAAUCAUAGCCAUCUGAGCGAGGCCCUGCAAGUUAUUUCAGUGAAAGGCAAGACUCCAAACUGGUGUGAAGUGACACAGCUGAAAUUAAUGGCACUAGUCCACAAUAGCAAAGUAGUUAGUCUAUGUCUUACUUUUGCAGGAAAAAAAUGCAAUUUUAGCUGCUUUUUUUGUGUGUAUGUGUGUGCGUAUGGAACUUAUUUUGAGGUUUAAGUUUUAAGCUGUCAUAUGAUGCACUUUGGUCCUAGAAGACUGACCAGCUGCCAGGCUGAGAGCAUCCAUCAGACAGGGCAGGGGACAACAGCGUGGCGCUCCCUCACGUGCUCUGUGCCAGCUGCAAGCUCAUCGCCUCGCAGAAGGAGCUUCCUCCAACCUUGAGUUCUGGUCUUGUUAUUUUGAGCCUUUCUGAACAUUUCCGUUGUGCAAAACAAAACCCUCUGGGGAUUCUUGGUAUAUUUGAGCUGGUUUUGUCUUACUGUAAUUAAAACAAAUAGAAUAUA